GCAAAUGGACCUUUCAAGAAACAGCCUUUGAAGAACAUCAUUGAAACGAAGGACCCUAAGGACCUAUUUUCUUGUACUCUGAACUGGUUUCAACCCAGACCAUGCAUCUGAUCUGAUGCACUGGGUGCCCAGCUAGGUAGCUGGCAGCCGUUGGAGCUGCAUUCGGCACGCUCCAAAGGAUUCUCCGAGGAGGAGCUUUGGUUUCGCAUGGGCUCGGUGACGAAGGAGGGAGUUUUGAUCCAAGGGCCCAAUCCUUUGACUGGAUCUUGGUUGGGCCACUUGCGGUCCAUGGCCGCGGUGCAAGGUUGCUUAUGCAUUCUGAGCAGCCAGAUGGUCUUGCAUGUCUAUGACCUCAAGUCCCAGCAAUCCCGCAAGUUCUCCUGGGGCACCAGUGCUGUGCCGGGUUCGGGCGGCGUGCCCGCCUGCUCCGGCGCCAGCCUGGUGCCGGAGCCGCUGGGAGGUUUUCUUUGCACCUACGAUUGGCACCACGAAGCCCUGCUGCGGCUGUGGCCGCGCCAGGGGCGUGCAGAGGCGCUGCGGCUCAUGCUGCCAGUGGGUGCCAGCUGCGCUGGGCGGUUGAAAGAGUUGCCCGUGUUGGUCUUCUUCGGAGGGCAGGAAGUGGUUCUGGUGGCCACGGAAGGUGUCCAAGUAGCCCGCCUUCGGGUGUCGACUGGAGAGAUCGAGGACAUGAUGGAGCUGAGUGUGAAGAGACUGCUGCUGAGAUGUGGCGAAGUCUUUUGGGAGCUUCAACUGGGCAGUCUUCAGCCCACCAGCGCGUCGGACUUCUUCCACCAGCUCCACCAGCUCCGCAGCCUCCAGCUCCAUCCGGUAACCUGGACGUCCUCCACGUCGCCGCCGCGGGCGCCGCUCGCGCCGCCGUCGCUGCGCGAAGCGCUGGGGCCGUGGAGCGCCAGCGAAGCGCCGCUGCCGGAGCUGCCGGAGCUCGCGGAGCUGGGGCGGUUUGGGACCCUGUCGACUGCUACAUCCCAUGUGAUGGCAGCCCCAAAAACAAGCUUUGCACUGCUGGCUGUGGGGCUCAACCUGAACUUGCCCAGUACGCCGAGCCCAGAACAGCAGGCUGGAGGCACCUGCCCAGCUUUUGGCCCAGCUGACCGGAGAGGAGGUCAACAUGGAGCUCACCCACAAAAUGGUGCAUUGCUGGCACCAUGCCUCCCAGAGUCUCAUCUCCAUCUUCUCCAUUCCGGGUAGCUCGCCCUUGCGUGCCCGCUUCGGCAUGGUGUUGCUGGAAGCCUUGGACCUCUCCUCGGGUCAUUUGCGACGACUGGUGCUGGGCAAGGUGCCGGGACUGGGCUUGAAGUCUCGUACUCAUUCUGGCCCUGGUACUGAUGGCUCCUUGGCCACUCAGGGCUUGCUCCUGACGCAGCGCAACCCGGAGCGUGGUCGUGUCGAGCGCCUGGAGAUGCCGGAGUGCAUUGCAUGUUGCGAGUUGGAGGCCACCUAUCGGAACAUGAUGGGCCGACGAGACGCGGAAGACACAACCGCAGGAGAUUCCGACGACCCCGAGCUCGACGACGCGGCGGACGACGCCGCCGUGCCCGACGACGACGGCGCCGACGCCGACGCCGG